UGUUAUUAGUUUGUGUAAGUGGGCAGUCCCAGUGGAGAGCCACAUUUUCUUCGAGAGUUUCUCAAGUUAACAAGAAAACCUCGAAAAUCUACUCCUCUCUGAUCUGUAAACCGGCAAUUAUGAGCGCGUUGAUGUCAUCCAUAAGGUUUACUAGCUGUGACCUUAUGUUGUGUUGGAGGCGAUGUGUUGGAGCGACAUUUACAGAAUGCAGACUAAGGACAAUGAGUGUGUGCGCGAAGCGAAUGAAGGUGAGGAAACCAUUGGAUCCGACUGCAGUAGACGACCCGCAGGACACGGACUUCGGCAACUAUGACUUCCCCUUCGAGAACCUGGUUGUGGAGGGAGGUGGGGCCAGGGGAGUGGCGUAUAUAGGGUCACUGAGGGUACUGGAAUCUACCGGAAUCAUUAAGAAGAUCAAAAGAGUCGCCGGUGUGAGCGCAGGAUCGAUGCUCGCGACGUUCGUGGCCCUGGGGCUCCGGUCGGCGGAGGUAGCCGAGGUGACAGGCGGGGAUCUGAGCGAGAUAGCUGCUGAUGGAGGAAUUCUCCAGACCCUGAAGAAGCCAUUCAACUUGUACUGGCGCUACGGCUGGGAGACGGGCACCAGUUUCAACACCUGGUUCGGAGGUAUUGUAGAGAGGUUCACGCGUCAGGGUGACCAACCUGGGAACCCUGAUCUCACCUUCAAACAGCUACACAGAAUGAAUGGAGUAGAACUCUGUAUUGUGGUGACGAACUUGACUCAGAUGACAGAAGAGUACUGCCACGUCAAGACCACACCAGACCUGCCCAUCCGCAAGGCUGUCAGGAUGUCCAUGUCCAUUCCAGGACUGUUCCAACCUGUGUUGACUGACUAUCAUGGAGACGAGGCGUUCUACGUUGACGGGGGUGUGAUCUGUAACUACCCACUCCACUCCUUCGAUGGCUGGUGGCUCUCCAUGCAGGAAGAAGAUUCGUUCUUCAAUAGGUUAGAUGACCUGGCCCAUCUCAGCAAGAGUAUGCAUCGCUCCAACCGCUUCGAGCCCGUCAACCCGAAAACGAUCGGACUCAUGCUGUAUUCAGAGCACGACAUUGAGCAGUACCAGCAGGUUCUGUGUGAUCGUCUGACGCAGGAGGAAAGACAGUACGAGAAGGAAAGGCCUGACACUCCGACAGCCAGAGAGUAUCAAGACAAGAGGACUCUUCAAACAGUCGAGGCCAUGAAGAAUAGGAAGAAAAUCCGGGGCCUCGUCGACAAGUUUCUGACCAGUCUGAAGGCCCAAAACAAAGACCACACAUCGACUGUCAGUAGGGAGGAACUACGCAGAGCUUUUGCAGAGGCAGGAAACAGCUCUCUGACUGACACAGAAAAGGAGAAGCUGUUUGGGAAAGCAUACUCCGUAGAACAACUCUUCGAUCAAAUGGACACUGACGACGAUGAAAAGCUGACCUACCAGGAGGUUCACGAGUUCUUCACCAAUAGAGGCUUCAGCUGGCUGACUCAGGGUAUGGAAGAGAAGAGGAAACUUGUCUCCAGUCUCACGGACUACACCUUGAAGUACAUGCGUCUCAUCCAAGUCCUCGGGAAGAAAGUGUACCACAAGGCUGACGACAUGGAGAGGACCAUAGGAGUGGACAGCGACUACGUGAGGACAACAGACUUUCAGCUGGAGGACGAGGAUAAAAUGUUCCUCUAUAAGCGAGGAGCCACCGGUGUUCGAGCGUUCCUGCGGACGUACAUCGCAAAGAACAACCUCAAGCCCGCGGUGUCUGCCGGGAAGAACGUCCCUGCUCAGAAAAAUGUCAUCGCGCAGGAAAACUGACAAUUGGCUCUGAACAAUUAUGAAUCAUUGUAUUUCAAUGUUUCAUAGGAAGUAUAAUCUAUUUUAUCGUAUAUAUAUUAUGUAGUACUAGUAUUAGAACUGCCGUGCUACAAAAAUUCCAAGGAUUGUUAACCUUUGUGAUGGUUCCUGGUGAUGGUAACGUUCUGGGAAUGGGUAUUAUUUGGUAAGGUAUUUGAUUAUUGUGAAGAAAUCAUCGGGCAACAUGAAUCAUUACUUGGGUCAGUAUAGUGAAGUCUUUACUGUACUUUUGAGAUCCGGUUUUAUGGUAUCUUCAGUCUUUGAAUUUUAAUGCCAAUGUUUUCUGUUGUAUCCAGAUUUAGAGGUUUAUGACAAAUACAGCUUUUAACCUUCAUUCACAAAUGUAUAUUAUAGUAACCACACGAAACGAAUAUUUAAGCAAACUUUCCAAUAUCUUAGCAAAGUUAUGGUAUCGUACUGAAGACCACUGAUGCAACAGUUCCCUUUGCGAUGACGAGCUUGUAGCACGAUUCAAAAGAUACUAUUUACUUGGUCGUAAAACAAGCUCACACGAGACCAAAACAGCGUGGUUUAAUCAUGUUACACAACUUGUGAAAGUGUAAAGCAGUAUCCAUUUAUUGGUGAUAAAGAGUUGAUUGCUGUGAUUGUGAUAAAGACAACAGGAAUCAAGGCGGCCGAAACACACACUGGCAGAAAGCCCACGUCUAUAUACAAUGCUCGGUAUCCUGGCAGUAACUAGAAUUUGUCGGGAGUCGAUUGGAAACGUUUCGUAGUCCGCCAUGACUCGUGCACGAUUCCGGAUCCGCCGCAGGAUCCGGACCAUUUCGUACUAUGCAUAUUAUUCUCGCAAGUGUAAAACAAUUAGCUCACAGCAUGAACAGCAAGGAAAUCAGAAAUGGCCUAUCCUUACCGCUUUGUGAUUCUUCCAAUCGUACCAGAAAUGGUAUCAGCACAUAGGAUGUAUAGAAACACUGCAUUGAAAUGACGUACACAGACAGGCAACGCAAGGCAAACAGGCCAUCGAUGAAGUCACCAACAAUUUUCCAAAAAGUACCAUAACAUCACUAA